AUGAUCGUCCUUAUGUCCCUAAGGGGACUUUGGAAACUGACUUCCCCACACCUCUCUAUAGGCCCCCUGAAGAAGCUGAGAGCCCCCUGCACUCCCAACCCUAAUGUCUCUUCUCUCCCUCCCGAUAGCGAUGAGUAUCUCACUCUUCCGGGCCCCAGAUGGGUCCCCAUCAUCAAGCAGGGUGUUCGAUGGAAGUUCACUCCCAUGGGACAUGAUGCCAUAGGCCAGUGUUGGUACACAGGUUUGACCAACGGCAACAACCGAAAUGCCUGGUACACCCUAACUACUCCCGUCAACCGCCCAGCCUACACCCGAUGGAGACGAUCCUAUUCCCGGCGGGAGCGGACCUUUAUUCCUGGUAAGGCCAGGGCUCUCUUUCCACUUGGACAUUCGGAGCUGAGCUGGGUGGGUAUCCAACCCCAACCCCUUUUACUGAGGCCCAAAGAGGGUGAGUUUCACCCAAGACCACCUGUAGUGACAGAGUGGAGACUAGUAUCCAAGUCUCCCAAGUCUGUUCCAGAGUACUUUCCAUUACCCCUAAGGUUGUGCCUGGCCUACACCCAGCGCCUUCGAGAAAGCCCCUGGUAUGAUCCCGUAGUCCCUGCUCAGUACUUGGAGCCCAGCACGCGCUGGGGGAACCUCCUAUGGCAGGACAAGCUCAUUCCGGGAAAGGAGUUUGUUCUUAACCGGAAUCGCUUUGGGAUCCCAACCGGCAAAGGCUCCAACUAUGUCCCCUUCCUGUCCGUGCCCAAUCGGCCACGCUAUACCACCCAGAACUUCCGACUAUGGAACAUAGAGCCCUAUUGUCCUUCCACCAACCAGCGGCCUCCACCUGUUCACAGACCCAAGCACUAAUAAAAGUGUAUCACUGUGGAUGAGCGCUUCUCCUAGGGCCUUUUAGAGGAGUCAGCAUCAGCCCUCCCACUCCCCCCCUCCCUCCAUUCCCUCUGCGAUAGGUCCUUCCAGGGCACUGUCCAUCCAGCUGCUGGGAUGGGGCUAAGGGGAAAGGUGGGGCAGCCUAAGGGAUAGACUCACUUGGAUCCCUUUAGCUAUACUGCCCCAAGUGAUCAAACACAUGCCUAACUCGUAAGUGCUGACAUUUUUAUGGUUCUCUAAGGUUUGUAGAGUGCAUUCCGGAUUACAUUUGAUCCUUAUAACCCUGUGAGGAAGGUCAUUUUACAGAUGGAGGAACUUGAGUAACAAGUUAUACAGGGGCUGGGCAGAGAGGAAAAACUCGGAAUGAAGUUGCAGGGAACAGGAAGGACACCAGGAUGCUUCUGGGGUGGGAGAGGAACUGGUCCCAUGGCUAGUGUC